CCAUAUUGGGAUCGUUUUUCAUUCCGAAUCUUGCCAAGUAGUAGAUCGCCGGGGACUGGUACUAGAACUGCUGUGGAUGGUCGGCGAGUAGGAAGCUUAAAUCGGGCGGAGCAGCGAACUUUUUUUCUUCGGAACGACCAUGUCGAUCGAUGGAUUCCCGCCUUUCAUCGCGGCUCAGCUCCAUUACCUCCUAAAUCAAUGCACUCAUUCCAUCAAGGUUGAUCAGGUAUGGUCUGGCAGCAAAUAUCCGCCUGGAUUAUACGAUCGCUUCACCUUGCUCAUCCCUUACUGUUUGGACUUCAUCAGAUGGGAUGUCAUAUACAAUGUGGAGUUUCCUCUGGCUGCACCCGAUGUUAUAUUUGGACCUGAAGAUGAAGAUUUCCAUCCGUUAAGUGCAACUUCUGGUGGUCGAGGAGGGGAUUUGAAGCCAUUCCAGAAGAGUUUGCAGGACUGGAACUACAAGGACCCUACGCUGCUAUUGGCUCUCAUUCAAGAAUUGAGGGAUCACUAUGUCUCUUACCAGAGAAAGCGAGUUGGAGAAGUUGACGAUGAUCGGUUAAAAUUUGAAAUUAGUACUAUUGUAUCACGAGAGGGAAUUGAGAUGCAUAUGAGUUCAGGUGUGGAAAAGCCAGAGGAGGUCAAAUUUGCAGUGCCUCUAUUGGACAAGAACAUAAACAAAAUGGUGCUUGGUUGUCCCUGGAGACAUCAGCAGAAAAUGUAUUUACAGGUAAUAUACCCUGUUAGUAGAAAAUAUAUGACUGCUCCUUCAGCACCUCGUCUAAAAUUAAUGUCUACUCCCGAGUUGAAAGCUCUAUUUUCCGUUGAUGAUGUCAAACUUCCUUCAUGGGUGGAGGGAAUGUGCAUGGCUGAAUAUCUUCCGCACCUAGAAGAAACCCUCGAGAGACAGGUGUUAGAGGCAGUUUCCUUGAUUGAUGUUAGAAGGCGUUUUAUUGAGACAUUGGCUCCUUUGUUUGGAAGACCAGUAGAAGCUGAUUCGGUCUUUUGCAGGAAGGCAACAUUUCUUGCAGCCUCGGGGGCAUUUAUAUUUCUGGUUCAUUUUCUCGUUUCAACUCAGUUUCCGAAGCAACAGCCGUCUAUGAUACUUCAAAGUACCCAGCAUUUCAACAAUCAUGGCAUGCCUGUCAAGUCCACACUUUUGGCAGAUUACCCAUGGAGUCCAAGAUGGGAGGCUUCACAGAUGGCCGAGCGGAUAUUUGAAUUUUUGGCAGACGAGUCCCUGAACUUCAAAAGGUACUGCAAUGAGUCUCAACUUCAACACUAGCAUAUUAUCUUGGGUGGGGCUGUUAAUGUUCUUUCAGCUGGCUUUAGCAUUUUAACAUUCAAGUUGUCUCGGUUGGUUCAUCGGAACUGUGCAUCUGUAUUCCAUAUCAUCAUUGUAUAUGUUUAUGUUCGCAUCUUCCAGUCUCUUGGAUGAGUUAGUAACUGCUAAAUCAAGUACUCCUUUGGACGUGGCCCGUAAGUCUUGUGCCUUUGCCUCUCUUUCCUGCUUUGUUGGUGUGAUAUUUCGUGGCAUAAUGGCAUACCUCCCCAAACGUUUACCGAGUGCUCGCAGCGUAAGUUGUCUGGAUGAACUUUUUUAAGGGUUCACAACACGUUUGAAAUUGUGUGGUUUUACGGCA